UGUCUUGGAUGUUGUAUUAAGGUUCUGGUACUUGAAAAAGGCAUUAUGCUUUUGAUUUUGCCGCAGCCUUCACUGCCCGAUUCAUGAAAUUGUUGAAAUCAGAGGGCUUCGGCUUUUCAUCAUCAUACUUGACACAAAUGCGACACAAUUCAGCUUCAACACGAUAGAGGUUGACUAGUUUGUCCAUGUUGCAGGGCGUCUUUUCAGCCAUCGAGGGAUUCAGUAAUUAAAGCAUUGUGUUGGUUUCUUUGAAGUAGCGUCAUUCAAAAGGGGUAUACUAGGAAUGCGGCCGUCUACAAGUAACACUAUCUUUUAGAAUUUUGAUUUUUUUGAAGUGUUUUUGCACUCCUUCAAAUCGUCUCACAGUUCACAUCUCGAGUUCAGGACAAUGACAGCAGGUGCUUCUCAGUAGUUUUUCAUCCCCCAUCAUAAUGCGUAUACAAGAGAAAACUCAUAUGACAAUUUGAAAAUAGUCGCCUUUGUGUAUUCGUCAGCGGCAUCGGACAACUUGAAGACGCAAAUGCAUUGGAUUUUGUGGUUGAGACUGAGGAAGAAAUGAUGGACUGAAAUUGUUUUGCGCCGAAUUUUGCCAGUACAAGAAAGCUUAGCAGCCUUCUGGCCGAGUCCCUUCCUGUUCUGGUGAACUCUGAGGAUGCAGAGGACACACCAACAAACGCACUACUGACAUGGAUUAAAGGUAGCAGGCUUCGUGACCUCCCUAGGCAUUGAUAUUCGUGAAAUACCAGAAGGUUCCGAUACGCUCGGGUAUUGUUCUUGGCUGAAGUUCAAGUUGGAGCUCAAACAGCAGACAUGCAGGAAAAAGCGGCCAUAAUUAUCUACGUUAUUCUGGCGAUCUGCGGAGCUUCAGUGGGUACUGCAUCAUCCCAUGCAGAGUGGUCUUCAUUAGGCUACAGUCACUCGUCCCAUUUUUCCUCCUCCAGUGACAGUGGCCCAAGUUGCCUUGAUAUCUGCGGCAAUUCUUCAACACAACUUGUUUGGAGCGUUCCUUACGUUAUUAACUACGCACUCCCGGACGGAUCCGAGUGGUUUGAAGAGGAGAUCUGCAACUGCUCUUGGCUGAUCGCGGCGCCUGACGACAGCGUCAUCGAGGUUAGCGUGAUUAGAAACAGGCCACCGAAUGGCCCACAAAUCUCCGUGUACUCGGACGAUGAGGGCGCUAAGAGCUCCUUGAUGUAUGAGCUACAGCACGGCGAACUUGGUAUCUACUACUCAAAUGUGUCUACAAUUCAUAUUGCAGCAACCCACCCCACUGAUUUCUCGUUUCAGUUCAAGCCGGUGGUCUGUGAUAUCAAACUGACUGCUUACGAAAAACAAGAAUGCAGCCCAGACCAGUUUAAGUGUUACAACCAGCAGUGUUUGGUGGGAGAUAGGCAAUGUGAUGGUAAAACGGAUUGCCAGGUUCAUGAGGACGAAUAUGGAUGUGGGAUUAAUUGUUCCAGUGUUGACCAAUAUGUAUGCCCUGCGUCAAGUACGUGUAUUGGAUCCCACUUAGUCUGCGACGGUCAUGGAGACUGCCCGGGCAUUUUCGAUGAGCUAAACUGCGGACGCUGUGGCGACCCCCACAUUGAUCUAGGCUUCAAUCCAACGGUUUCUAUUACCCAACCUGUCGACUUUGCCGUGGGCUGUCUCUGGCUGGUUACAGCAUCUAGUCACAGUCACUCUAGAUUCCGAGUUGACAUCAUAAAUUUGCCAGUCGUCGUACACGGGUCUACCACCACGCAACCCGCGUCGUUGUCCCUGGGUCACGGGCGUGACCCUGCUAACGGGCACAAGUUGGUCAGAACCAUGAACAGCACUACGUACCCUGCAGUUGUCACAUUGGAUAGUCCAGUCAUGUGGAUCAUUCUGGAUACGCACUGUGACGCAAGCGAGUUGCCCGCCAAGUGGUUGGAUUGUUUGGAGUUCACAUUAUCGGAAUACGACAUUAAGGAAUGCCCCAGCAACCAGUAUGCCUGUUCAGCAGGACUUCUAUGCAUUGAUAGAACUCGACUUUGUGACGGCGUAGCAGACUGUCCUGAAUUUGAUGACGAAUUUGGGUGUGGCUCUUGCAGUACCAACAUGUUUACCUGUCGGAAUUUGGGCGGCUGUGUUGAUGCUUCCAUGUUGUGCGAUGGCCAGCACGAUUGCACCGACGGGUCGGAUGAAGGCAAAUGCGAGCCAUGUGGAACAGACGUCAUUCACCUAUCAUCUGGUCCCUACAUCCUCUCUUCAAUCGGAUAUCCCGCCAACUAUCCACACAACGCCCACUGUUUGUGGCAUGUUUACGCGGAAAACGACUACGAUGUGUUGGUUGUGUUCCACGAUUUCAAAACUGAAAAC